AUGACUCCAGCCCCAAUCGACCCGAGCAUCGUCGACGUCGCAGAGCCCCGGAAGGACACUCUCGAUCUUCCUGAGGCGGCCCGCAAAAGGCUCGAAAAGGCCGGCAUCGAUAUCUCGAAUUAUCCCUACCGUCCUUCUCGUCCUCUGUUCCUAGACGAUGUCUACCGGAUCCGCGACUAUGACCGCGAACACGUCGAUCCCGGUAGCCGUGCUGAUCCGGAGAAGAAGGCCCUCCUUUCCGCCGCGAAGGAAGUGAUCCACUUGACGAAGCACAUCGGCACCGAGAUCGUGGGCCUGCAGCUCAAGGAUCUGACUGACCAGCAAAAAGACGAGCUGGGACUGCUGAUCGCCGAGCGCAGCGUCGUCUUUUUCCGCGACCAGGACCUCUCGCCGCAGGAGCAAAAGGCGCUGGGCGAGUAUUAUGGCGAGAUCGAAGUUCAUCCGCAAGUCGCUCAAGUGCCCGGUAAUCCCGGUGUUUCGGUCAUGUGGCCUGCUCUUCAGGCAACUGAGUUUCCAGCCAGUUUCCGUCGCCCUGGAGGCGCUUCGCGAUGGCACACUGAUCUCGUUCAUGAACGGCAGCCUGCGGGUGUGACCCACCUCCACAACGAUACAGUCCCUUCUAUCGGAGGCGAUACCCUCUGGGCCAGCGGAUACGCAGCAUACGAGAAGCUCUCCCCCGGGUUCCGCAAGAUCAUUGACGGCCGAACAGCAAUCUACCGUUCCGCUCACCCAUACUUGGACUGCGAGAACCCUGAUGCUGGGCCCAAGUAUAUCGAGCGUGAGCACCCGCUUGUGCGCGUCCAUCCAGCAACGGGUUGGAAGGCUCUGUGGGUGAACCGAGCCAUGACUGAUCGCAUCGUUGGACUAGACAAGGCAGAGAGCGACGUGAUCCUCGGGUACCUGUAUGAUGUGUACGAGAAGAACGUUGAUAUCCAGGUGAGGUUCAAGUGGACUCCGCGGAGUAGUGCUUUGUGGGAUAAUCGGAUCACUAUUCACAACGCGAGCUGGGAUUAUGAAAACUCUGAGCCCCGACAUGGCACCCGAGUGACGGCCCUGGCUGAGAAGCCUUUCUUCGAUCCGAAGGCUAAGAGUCGCAGGGAGGCAUUGGGUCUUCUCGGAAAAGACGAGAUUGAGGAGCUAGAACGAUUGAACCUCACACAGUAG